CUCUUCUCAAAAGCUCAUCUCACGGAUCUUGCCUCUCUCCCCCAUAUCUUCCUCUUUAUAUAUAUAUAUAUAUAUAUAUAUAUAAAACACCCCUAGCAUUUAUACAAAGGCGUGGAGAAUUCAUUCGUUGAAACUUGCAAGAAAGAUCUACACAAACUCCCUCUCCUUGGCAAAAAAGAAAAAAAACACAGCAAAAUACAUCAUCUCAAUGGCUUCAUGGAAGAAGACAAUCACAACCCCCUUCAGAAAAGCCUGCACUUUCUUCAACCAGCAACCGAGGGAUCAUCAGAAGAAGCCACAGCCAGGGAAUGAUAAUGAGAAUCGUGGGAUGGAUUUGCAUGGCGAAGUGAUGGCCUGCGGGUAUGAAGAUGUUCAGGUGAUGUGGUCCAUUCUCGACAAGUCCAAGCCCACUGCCUGCAACAUCACUUCUUGAUAUUCUAUUCUACAGCCCAACCCCCAAGAAAAACAAAAAACAAAAAAAAAAGAAAAAGAAGAAGAAGAAGAAUAUUCAUGUUUUCCAUCAUGCUAGAUCUUAACCUUUCGGAUCUGGUUCAGGGUUGGGCUGAUGAUCCUGUUCAAAUGGUGGCAACAUGAAGGAAUUUCCCCGAAGAGGGACCCAAAAAUGGAGGUUGGAGUGGGCAGAUUAAUAUAAAAUGCCCUUUUACAUUUGGUGCUCUGUAGUUUAGCUUCUUUCUUUCUUUUUCUUUUGGUGAAAAAAUGUUACUGUUUAUAGGGAAUCCCUGUGAUUAAUGAAUAUCAUGGUGAGAUUUUGAAUUUUGAUAGAAACCCAGAUUUUUUUUCUCUUUCACUUUUGAUUUUUGCUUCUGCAUUUUGUGUUUCCGAUCAAUGAUGGGUUGAAUUUGGAAAGGCAUUUGCAUUUCA